AUGAGCCUCUUUGCCUGCUCCAAUUCCUCCCGAGUCCUGCUGAGGUCCGCCCUCCGCGGCGUGGCCUCCAAGGCUUCGUCUUCAGCACCGCAGCCGUUUGCGCCCACAAGAUGGAUAUCUGGAUGUGCAUCUCGGAGUCGACAAGGCCUGUGCCUUUCUUCUUCGGAUGCUAGGAGUCACAAUGCGGCUUUUGUGACACAAUAUCCCUCCUACGAGACCCGACGAACGCUCUUCUCCGACAGGACGAUCCGGAAAUAUGAGGACCUACCAAAGGACUACAGAGACCAGGUCGGCCUGCCGUUUAGAAAUAUAGAUCUCAAAGAUGGAGAAGUGCUCGGGGUCUUUGGAAAGGGCAUCAAUGCCAAGAGGGCCAACCAUCUGCUUCGCAUCCUCCAUGGCCGCCGAGUCGCCGGCACCCUCGACGACCCGGCCUUUGCUAUCCACACGGCAUCGUUUACCAAGGAUCAGAUCGAAAAGGCGCUGAAAUAUCUGCGAAAGUCGGUUCCCGUGGAUGAAGUGAUCAAUGCAGGUCUGCGGGCCGAGGACGAACUUGCGCAGUUGGAACAAGAGAUGGAGGCCGCAGAGAACGAGAAGCUUGCAAAGGAAGCCGCUAAGAAGGAAGAGGCCAAGGCUCCCGCUUCGUCUUAUACGCCUGACCCCGUCUACGGCCACAGCAAGUUUGACGAGAUACGAGCGCGCAAUGUCGCCAAGCGCAAGGCACAGGAGGCUGCCGAGGAGGAGGAGCGUAAGGCGGCCGAGGCUAGGGGAGAAGUGGCUUCUGGUCCUCUCGCCAAGGUCGGCGAGAAGAAGGAGCGCCAGAUCACGAACCCCCGCAUCGCCGAGUACCACCGAAAGGCCCAAUCCGACCUGGAGGCACCCCCGGAGCUCAAGGCCUGGGAGCGUAUCCUGCCCUCUGCUACCGUUGUUGCUCUCGUCAUUGGUUUCCUUGCUGCCGUCGCUACAGUCUAUGAGGAGCCCGACGCCAGAUACCGCGUGUUCCCUGACAUCUCGACAGCCCAUGCAACACUGGGUGCCAUCAUUGCGAUCAACGUGCUUGUCUGGGCCGGCUGGAAAUUCCCUCCUCUCUGGUCCAUGUUCAACAAAUACAUGAUCUUUGUCGUGGCAACCGUCAAGCCCGUGACCAUGUUCACCUCACCCUUCUCCCACCAGAAGCUCAGCCAUCUAUUUAUCAACAUGGCCCCCCUUUGGCUCAUUGGCAGCCUCGUUCAUGACGAAGUCGGCCGUGCCAAUUUCCUGGCACUUUACCUGGGUUGCGGUGCCGUUGGCUUCCUUGGCAGCUUGGUAACAUAUACGCUUCGCGGCUGGUUAAGCAUCACGUCACUGGGCGCCUCGGGUGCUACUCUAGGCCUGUGCUCAGCGUACUUCUGGGAGCACCGUGAUGAUGGCUUCAGAUUCUUUGGUCUUCCGGAAAACGGUGUGCAUGGAAUCGUGUUCCUUGCUCUCCUAUUUGUGCCUCAGCUUGCGGCCUUUGGCAAGACGGCCAAGUUCAAGGUUGAUAUUGCGUCGCACAUCGUUGGCAUGUUUGCGGGUAUUUUGGGCAUCGAAUACCUCAAUCGCUCCGGGGAGAAGCGCGAGCGCAAGGUGAUUGACAUGUCUGCUGGACAAGGUCAGACUGCAACCCCGUCGCAGUAG